AUGCACAAGAACGGUGUGAGCAUGGAGGGCAGAAGGGAGAUGACGGAGCAGGAGGUGGAAUACUUCAUGGAGGCCAUCAACAUGGGGCAGAAACAGAAGUUCGGCCUUGUUAAGCUCAGCCAGCUCAACCUCGAUGCACUCGUUCCCUCCCCUGCGGACCUCCCCUGGCACCCCAGGACAACGCUCCUGGCCUACGCAGCCUGGAAGAAGAAGGAUGGGGUGACUGGUGCUCUGCUGCGUGCAGGAGCGGACGCGAGUGUGCGGCAUGACGAGCAGAGCGAGGAGAGGAGAGGCGACUCGUCUCAGAUGUCCCGGGAAUGUCUGGCGAAGGUGCAGGCGAGGACGGCAGUGUGGAUUGUGAACGAGGUGGUUCGAAUGCGAGCGAACAUGGCGGCGGCGGAGGAGAGGCUGAGGGCCGAGGGCUGGGCAUGCGCAGACUGCUCGAGUAGAGACGCCUGCUCCGUCCUCUGCUCCGAGUGUAAGAGAGUCACGUGCGAAAUCUGCCUAUGGGCCCGCUUGUCACGUGACUCCCACAGCUUCUGCGCGUGCGGGAGGGGAGACGUAGUGGAGCAGGUGCUGGCGGGCAUGGGGGAGGAGCAAGAUGGCAGCUCGAUGGAGAGGAAGAGAGCCUCGUACGAGAGGUGGAGAGAACUACCAGGCAACCUGCCCUCCAAGGAGGAAGGCAAGCUGCAGCAGCUCAAGAUCCCUUUCUUCCGUGCGAUGCCCGAGGAGGAGGUGGCGAGGUUUUUCGUAGGAGCGACGAGGGGGCAGAGGAUGAAGGAGCUGUGGAAGGCGAGCGUGAAGGGAGACGUGCUGCGACUGCGAGCUCUCGUCGACGUUGGUGUCGACGUGGAUGGAAGAAACGAGUACGGACAGACGGCAUUGUUCAUGACAGCGAUGGCGGGUCAUGCGGAUGCUUUCAAGCUCUUGUACAUCUGGGCAGGAGCAGACGAAACGCUCGCUGCCAACGGUGGGAGCACGUGCCAGCGGGUAGCGGCAGCGCGCCAGCAUCGCUCCGUCCUCCAGGUCAUGAAGGACUGCAAGGUCAAGGACAUGGCAAGGUCGCUGGAUUGUCUCCUCCUUGAGCAAGAGAAAGUUCGUACAGACUGGCUCAACGAACUCGUGCUCCCCCACUCCUCGUCCUCUUCCUCCUCCCCGUCAUCCUCCGCCUCCUCCUUCUCAUCCUCAGUGCAACUGCUCAUUGGUGACAGCGUCGACCAUCCUGGAGCCGGCAGCUUCUUGCUCGACGAGUUGUUUCCUCCCCUUUUCCUCGACAGGCUGGAGAAACUUUGGGAGUCGCUGGACAGGACAGGAAUGGUGGAGCCGGAGGGAGGAGGAGCAGAGAAAGGAGGAGCAGAUUCGGAGGAGAAGAUCUUUGGGGACAAAGAGGCAGCAGCAGAGUUUGCUUACAACAGAACAUGCGGUCUUCAGAGAUCUUACUUCUGCGAUGACGAGGGAUGGGUGAAGUUUGGGAUAGAAAGCGCUCUUAAGCGGGUGUAUCAAGACGGUCUCAUCGCAGGCUGGUGGCCGCGAGGUGGAGGGCCGGAGGUUCUGCCCUACAUGCGCUUCCUCUUCUACCCCCAGCCGGGCGGGUGA